AUGCCAAACUACGUCAAAUUUUUAAAAGAUAUUUUGACGAAAAAGAGAAGGUUGGGGGAGUUCGAAACUGUUGCUCUUACAGAGGGUUGCAGCGCUAUGUUGAAGAGUAAAAUUCCUCCAAAAUUGAAGGACCCUGGCAGUUUUACGAUCCCUUGUUCUAUUGGGGGACGGGAUGUUGGAAGGGCGUUGUGUGAUUUGGGCGCCAGUAUUAAUCUUAUGCCGAUGUCGAUUUUUAAGAAGCUUGGUAUUGGUGAAGCGAGGCCUACAACUGUUACAUUGCAGCUGGCGGAUAGAUCUAUGGCCCAUCCUGAAGGGAAAAUUGAGGAUGUUUUAGUGCAGGUUGACAAAUUUAUUUUCCCAGCCGACUUUAUUAUCUUGGAUUAUGAAGCUGACAGAGAAGUGCCAAUUAUAUUGGGGCGGCCGUUCCUUGCUACAGGGCGUACUUUAAUUGAUGUGCAGAAAGGGGAACUCACUAUGAGAGUUAAUGAUUAG